GAGAGCCUUGCAUAUACAGAAGUAGACCUCGACAAAUUCAUGAUUCAUUUCGCCAUUACUCCAAAAUGUAACGUAGCGUGUCGCGGAACGAAAAAACGCUGUGGUGAAAAUUUGCCACAUUUGGAAUUUCUCAUAACUAAUUCCCAAUUUUUUUUGGAGGAAACAGUUGUGCAGGCUGUCACCUCUGCUCGGGGAGGGAGGAUUUCUGCAGCGGGGAGCCUGUUCGCAUGAGCUGCAUCGUUUUGGGAGAAGCACGGGCUCAGAGGAGGCGGAGUCAUGAGUGCACAAGAGGCACCCAAUCCUGUGCUGGAGCAGGUGGACGGUGGCACUGCAGCCCCAGAUGUUCCCUCACCAGCCUUAGUCACAAAGCCCAAGAGUCCAACUCCACCACCCAUCAUCAUCACAGUGAAGAAAGAGCCCGGGACCUCAGAGACGAGUAACGGGAAAGUGGGUGAAGUCAACCCUGCGGAGAUCUGUGUUGUCAUUGGAGGAAAUGAUGGGGGGGCGAGUGGAGUGGGAUCCCGUAGAGCUCAGACCGAGGGUAUGUUUGCCCUAGGUACUCCUCCUCCAACGAAGAGCACAGACUCAUGCAUAGGUUCCUAUGUAUGUGGGGUCUGUGGGAAGAAGUACAAGUAUUAUAACUGCUUUCAGACACACGUCAGAGCACACAGAGAAUCCGAUACCAUGGUUGCAGAUGGUCUACCCCAGACUCCCAACAUCUUGUCUCCUCACUGUAGCCGCCUUCCCAUAGGUGACAUCCUAAAACCAGAUAGCUUCCGUUACUCCUGUGACAUCUGUGGCAAGAAGUAUAAAUACUACAGCUGCUUCCAGGAGCACCGUGACCUGCAUGCAGUCGAUGAUCCUUAUGAACAGGUAGUGGUACCUGUGGACAGCCUUAAAGAAGAGGAGCCCGUUGAACCCUACCAGAAAAUCGGACCAAAAACUGGGAGUUAUGUGUGCGAGUUCUGCGGGAAGCAGUACAAGUAUUUCAACCCAUACCAGGAGCACGUUGCUCUUCACACACCGAUGGGCGCCUUUGAUUUGAAGACAUCUCGGGUACAGGAAUGUGGCAGCAUGGAUAUGAGUAAAUUUGCCCCCAGCCAAACUGGUAAGAUAAAACACAUUCCAUUCAGGCGGAAACUGGAAAGUGCAAUUCAGUCUAGUCUGGUCGACACAAACAGUUCGCAGAAUUCAAGCGGAACUCCGAGCCCUCUGGUGGCCAGCGCCUUCUCUACAAGCCAGAAACCCUACACAUGUGGUGCCUGUGGCAUCCAGUUCCAGUUCUACAACAACCUGCUGGAGCACAUGCAGUCCCACGCUGCUGACAACGAGAACCACACCAAAGGGGAGUCUCCAAAAUUCUCCUCAGCCUCCGUUCCUCCAGAGCAGCUGUGGAGAGGCUCUCAGGGUCCGGCUCAUUCCGUAGUUAAACUACAAAUCCAGCCUCAAAGUAUCCCCCAUAGGAACCACACUGUCAGCCACAAUAACGGACUACCUGAGAAGGAACGACAGCAGGUGGCUGAGCGCCUCUUACGGGUAAUGUGUUCAGAUCUGAGCAUGCUGAAUGUGCUCAACAGCAAAGACUUCCUGAAGUUGGCACAGACCCUGGUGGAUACUGGAGCCCGUCAUGGUGCCUACUCCACCCGUGAAGCUUUCGGCAACAUGAGUGCCUUGGCGCUGCGCCAGCUGCCCCGCAUGUACAACCAAGUGAAAGUCAAAGUCACGUGUGCUCUCGGCUCCAAUGCUUCUCUUGGCAUCGCCGUUACCUGCCACUCCCAGACAUCAGGCCCAGAUGCUUGCUAUGUUCUAACAGCCUACCAGGUGGAGGGCUCCAGACUGAAGCGCUAUGUGCUCGGUGUGAGGGAGGCUGAGCUGAGGGAGGGGCCCGAGCAAGUCCACCACUGGGUUCAAAACGUGCUGUCUGAGUUUGUGAUGUCAGACAUACGCACCGUGUAUGUUUCUGAGCCCAAAGCGUGGGCAGCAGGAUUAGCGGGAUCCCCACUGGGUGCUGGAGGUCGGAGCAAGGUGUGCUUACGAUGCGCUGGGUGUUCACUCGGGGCAGUGGUCCAGGCUGUUCUUGGGAAGCGCAGCCUCCAGGCUCGAGGUCUUCAUGAGUUGGCUGAGCUUCUGUCAGCGUGCCGAGAUAUCGCCUCCUCCACCACGCUGUCCCUUCGGGAGGAGCAGUACUUCAAAACAUCCACAAGCACAACUGAGGACGGACCACAGGGCGGCCCUGCACAAUGUCCCAACCCUCCUUGCUGGGAUCGUACGGCUGAAGCUCUUCUUCAGGUCCAUGCUCACUUUGAACAGAUUUGCGAGGCUUAUGGACGCAACAAGACCACGGCUCCACUCCUCCAAGGUCUCAACAAGCAUCUGCUCGGUACACUGGCCUGUCUGCUGGCACCUCUGCGCCUGGCAGCUCUGGAGCUGAGCAGCCAGAGGAGACCCACCCUACAGCAGGUGCUUCCCGUCUACCUGCGCUUGGAGAAGUUCUUCACAUCCAAAGCUGGAGAGGCAGGAACCGGCACGGCUAGCAAACUCUGCCACUACUUUCUCGAAGCACUUAAGGAACACUUCAAGGUGGAACGAGCUCACCAGGUUGCCAUGGUGCUGGACCCGCAGGUCAAGCUGUGUUCGGUGCCCGCCUACCAACAUGAAGACAUAAUCUCCCGCGCAUGUGAAAUGGCUGCUGAAAACAGAGAUGGAGGUAUGAGUGGAGGAGGAGGUGGUGAAGAGCGGGACACUGAUGGCCCACCAACCCCUAAAAUAAGCCGCAUAGAGGGAGCGGGAAACAAUGGGGGCAUCAUAAGGGGGACUUCCUCCUCUGGUAGUGAUGAGAGCCAAGUGAGACAAGAGAUUUUUCAGUACCUGGCCGAGCCUCUUCUCCAAGGCACACCUGACCUCUUCCAGUACUGGAGCUCAGCAGUGAACGAGAAGUUCUCCAGGCUUUCCCGUCUGGCCAUGUGGCUCCUCGCUGUGCCCGCUGUGGGCAUACGCAACGAAUGUGUGACAGUGUGUGAGCAGAGCCUGGCUAUGAAGAGGAGGCAGCAGGUUACCACUGAGGAAAUGAACAAACUCAUUUUUCUUCGCUCCAACAUGGGCUAGGAGAGAAAAAUCAACAAACCUGAAUCAACCAAACCCUCACCUUCAACCAAUGACUGAAGACUAUUAUUUAUAUACUGUAGGUUUAGACCAACUGUAAACUUAAAUGUGUUAAAUUACUUCUCAUGACAGAUAUUUACAGGAAUCUCACAUUGUAUACGUAGGUUGCAAACACCCAUAACACAACACAGCUUAUUACAUUUUCUAUAGGGAGAAAGACUGUUGUAUAUUACUGUGGACAAAAUGUAGGGGUGGAACGGUAACCCUCAAAAGAUUGUCUUGUUUGGUAUGCGUCCCUUGGUUUGGGAUGCAAAUGUAAGCAGGAUCAGUCUUAUCAUGGCCAGUGAAUCCCUCCAGCCUAACGACUAUCUGCUAACAGGCUACCAUGCUGUUAUUCUCACUGGAUGGCAACAUUUUCAGGUAAACUCAGAUUUCACUACUUGAAACUAUUGUCAUGCACCUUGGAAAACAUACACAGUAUUUAAACAAUGAUCAUUGUCAUUGGUGUAUGAUAAAAAAUUCAAGAAGUGAAUUUAACUGCCACUGCACCUCUGAUUACUAAGUAUAAUAGGUUUAUUAUUUAUUAUCACAUAUCACUGAAACUCUUCAUUUCAACAUAUUCAGCCACAGGAAACUCUGAGCUAAAUGUUUGCAGCUAGUUUGAAGGUUGCUUCAGUGGCCUAAAAAUGUAGCUUUGGAUCAUUUGCAUGCACUGCAUGCAUUUUUCCUUCAGAAGGGUAAAAAGCUGAUGAAACAUUCAUAAGGAGGUUAUGCUUACCCUUUUUGUUUGUUACAGAUUUUUUAAAAAAUCACCAAUGGUUGGUUUUUGCUGCUGGAUAUGCAAGGAAAAUGGCUAGAUUUUCAAAGAAGGGACCAUUUUUAAACUAAAUAAUGUUAAUAUAAACAGUUUUUCUAAACAUGCAUCAUAUUAAGCAUAUUAUACAACAGUUCCAUCCAGCCUAACCAUGGCUGGGUGCCACCAAAAGGUAAUUAAAUAACAUUCUGUAUUUGAUAAAUAUAUCUUACAUCAUCAUUUAAUAGCUGAUGUUAUAUCCUAGCUUGUAGGCCAGUCAAUGCACAAUAAAGACAUCGAGGCCAUUUUGUGUGGCUUUAUGAUAGUUUCCGGUGCUGGUACUCACUCACAUCAAUCGGCUCUGUGAAAAGAGACAUCAAUACCUUUCUUUAUACCGGAGACAUUCUGUCUGUGCAUCGUCCUCAGAUAAACAGCGGUAAUGUUAUUAGUUUGGUAAGCUUCUGCGCAAGGACUUAAUUUAUAAUUGCAA